GAAGUGUGUUGAUAUGGACAAGAGGGAGAGGCAUUAUUAAGAGUGCUAAAAGAAAGAGGAAGAGACGGAGAAAACGCAGAAGAGAAGAGGAACUUAAAAUCUGAUUACAACUCGUUUCUAGUUGUGUAAAAGAAAAGAAGACACAACAUGGACUUUUGGAAGCUUUUCAUUGUUGCAUUAUUGCCAGUGUUGAAGGUAUUGUUGAUUACUGCUGUGGGGACAAUCCUCGCAAUUAAUCGCUUUAACAUACUCGGGGAAACUGCCAGGAAAAACCUCAAUACUAUGGUAUUUUAUGUCUUUUCUCCAACUCUAGUUUGUAGCAGCCUAGCUGAAACAAUAACUUUAGAGAACGUGCUUAUAUUGUGGUUCAUGCCCGUGAAUAUUCUUCUCACAUUUGUCAUUGGGUCAGUUCUUGGAUUGCUAGUUGUUAAACUAACUAGAGUUCCUCAUCAUCUUCAAGGCCUUGUGUUGGGGUGCUGUGCAGCAGGAAAUCUGGGAAACUUGCCUAUAAUUUUAGUUCCAGCUGUCUGCAAACAAAGUGGCAGUCCUUUUGGAGAUGUGAAUGUUUGCUACAAAAAUGCACUAGCAUAUGCUUCUCUAUCAAUGGCACUAGGAUCCGUUUACAUUUGGUCUUAUGCAUACAACCUUGUUCGAUUAUAUUCACCGAAGAUUUCUAAUGAAGUCAAAGUUGAUGACAAUUCCAUAGUAGAAAAUCCAGUGUCCACAACAAAAUCUGAUCCAGAAAACCCUUCAACAUUUUCCACAGAAUUACCAUUUGUUAGUGCUGAUGAUAGAUCACAAACCGAAGAUCAUGUGAAGCACUUUGAAAUUCAAUGUACAGGGCAUAAUGGGCAAGUGGAGGAGGUAUCAAAAAACAGAACGAUUAUGAACCAUUUGAUAAUAUUAGUCCAAAAAGUCAACCUGAAGGUACUAUUCACUCCUUCCACGAUUGGAGCGAUUAUUGGUUUAAUAAUUGGUGUAGUCCCUCAAUUUCGGAAACUAUUAGUUGGUGAUAAUGCUACUCUCCGUGUGGUUGAGGACUCGGUAAUCAUGGUGGGGUAUGCAUGCAUUCCAGUAAUGACUUUGUUGGUUGGAGCAAAUCUUAUCAAAGGUUUGAAUGGACUAGGAAAGCAACUUCCACUCAUUAUUGGGGUUACGAUGGUUAGAUGUAUUGUCUUGCCAGCAAUUGGUAUAGGUGUAGUGAAAGGUGUUGUUCGUCUUGGAUUGAUCCAUCCUGAUCCAUUAUAUGAGUUUCUUUUGCUGCUUCAAUUUGCCCUUCCUCCUGCAGUAGCCAUGAGUACGAUCACUCAAUUAUUUGGAGCUGGUGAAGGUGAAUGCUCAGUUAUCAUGCUUGCAACUUAUUCCUGUGCAGCAGUUUCAGUAACACUUUGGAGCACAUUUUAUAUGUGGCUUGUACUAUAAUUAUUUGACAGUGGAAGAUCUCUAUUAACGCUUCACAAAUGCCUCACUCUUUAAAAAAAUGCAUUUUAGUGGAUAUAUAGCUAAAAAUAUACGUUUUACUAAAUUAGGAACUGUUUAAGAUAAAUCAAGCAUAUUUGUUGUAAUUGACUUGUAAUUUUAUGCUAUAGUACUUGUUUGUAGCCGAAAACAAAAUGAAGAAUGGAAACAAGAAAUCAAAGCAAAGAUCACUAUUUCAUUGGGCCAA